UACCCAAGUCGCAAACAACGCUCUCGCUGCAAUCCAGUGCUCAUGCAGUACGGAACUGAUAAUAGUUACAUGGGAAUUACACAUAUCAGUUCGAGGCGGGAUACGGUCUAGUGCGGAUUUAAAUUACUUUCGACCGACCAGGGCCGGGCACAGAGUGAUCGCAAAACGCGUAUUUACACGGACUAGUCGAAAUUGAACGUCGCAGUCAUGUCGGCGAAACAGAACGGCGUCCAUGCGCUCAAGCUGAUCACUACGAUCACCAAUAAGUAUCCAACAUUCCGUGAUGAACCACUAAAAACUCCGUACCGAUGGCUGGAAGGGAGACGCCACGACGACGGUGCCGAAGGGCUUUGGCGAAUUCAUGACACGCUGUACGAUUUGACGGAUUUUGUCGAGCGGCAUCCGGGAGGACGGGAUUGGAUUCAGUGGACAAAGGGAACGGACAUCACAGAACUGUUCGAGACGCAUCACAUCACCACGAGGGCGGAAGGUUUACUUCCCAAGUUCAAGGUUCGGGAAGCCAAACAACCUCGAAAUGUGCGAUUGUCCUUCAAAGAUAAUGGAUUUUACCGCACGUUGAAGCGAAGAGUUCGUGACAAGCUGCCCGAACUUGACAAGUCACCAAUCAAGACAUCCAAUUUGAUAAUUGAUUCACUGUUGGGAGCGGCAUUCAUGUUCGCCUUUCUGGCGAUCAAAUUCAACAGCUAUCUGCUGGCGGUUGCGUGUGCACUUUGUGUCAACUGGACGGUGAUAUCUGCCCAUAAUUACUUCCACCAGAAGGACAACUGGAGGAUGCGACUGUUCAACUUGGCGUUUUUCAGUUAUAGGGAAUGGCGAAUAUCGCAUGCAAUGUCCCAUCAUCAUUAUGCGAACUCGAUACUCGAUUUGGAAAUAUCCUACUUCGAACCGUUUCUGUGCUGGCUGCCGAACCCGGAGACAAAGGGAGUUGUGAAGCGUUUCGGGGCCUGGAUCUAUGGACCGCUUGUUUACUCGAUGCUUUGUUUAGCAGAAUUCGUUAAAAGACUUGUAGAAUCCAUUCAAACUGGGAAGAGCAGUUUCUUCGCGGACGACAUGAUAGCGUUUGCGUUGCCCACCUUCAUGUACUUGGUUGACUCGAGUAGUGUGUUGAAUGUCCUGAAACUGUGGUUCUUUAUUGUAUUGGUGGCGAGUUUUGCUUUCGCAUUGAUUGGAUUGAACGCUGCGCAUCAUCAUCCGGAAAUAUUCCACUCCGGUGAUGAAAUUCCGGAUGAAAUCGAUUUUGGCGUAUACCAAAUUGCCACCGUCAUCGAUCGGUCGGACAUCAAGGGAUCUCAUUUUGCGGUAUUGACCCAUUUCGGGGAUCACUGUUUGCAUCACAUGUUUCCCACGUUGGACCACGGAAUACUGCCCCAG